UUCAAGAGCCCGGCUUAGUCCGUUUGUUGCACGGGACGGGGGGUGGAGGGGGGUGGGGUUGAAGAUGGCGUCCAGGGCACCUCCCGACGGGGGCUACGGCUGGGUGGUGGUCACGUCGGCCUUUUUCGUCAUGGGCCUCACCGCUGCCGUCCUUAAGAACUUCGGCCUCUUCUUCCUGGACAUCCAGAGCCACUUCGGGGUCCUGACCAGCACCACCUCGUGGGUCACCUCCACCACCAUCGUCACGUUUCACCUCGGCGCCCCGUUGGCCAGCGCGCUGACGAUGCAGUUCUCUCACAGGCUGGUCAUCGUGGUCGGAGGUCUGCUGUCGGCCUCCGGCCUGUUGCUGGCGUCUCUGGACCUCGGCCUGCCCUGGCUCUACCUCACCAUGGGCGUCCUGGAAGGAACUGGCAUCGCCUUCGCGUGGAUCCCCGCCAACAGCCUGGUGAGCCACUACUUCUCGCGGUGGCGCCCCAUCGCCUACGCCGUCGCCAGCUCCGGGGAGUGCGUCUUCGCCGUCGUGUUCGGCCCUCUGUUCCGCUGGCUCAUCGAGGCGUACGGCUGGCAGGGGGCCCUGCUGGUCAUCGGCGGCCUUCAGCUCAACCUGUGCGUCUGCGGCGCCCUCAUGAGGCCGCUGGGGGACGGGGGCGCCCGGGGGGCCAAGGUCGUCUUCCAGUUCUCCCUGCUGGCGAAGCCCGAGCUGCUCCUCUACAUCCUGUACGGCGUCCUGGCGGCGGCGGGCUUCUUCGUGCCGCCGCUCUUCCUGGUGCCGUUCGUCAGCGGCCUGGGGGCGGGCAGCUACCGGCCCGCCUUCCUCCUCUCCGCCCUGGCGCUGGCCGACCUGGCGGGGCGGCUGCUCUGCGGGUGGCUCGCCAACGCGCGGCUGGUGAGGAACCUGCGGCUGCUGGCCGCGGCGGUGGCGCUGCUCGGGGCGGCGCUCCUGCUGCUGCCCGUCAGCCGCGACUACCGGACCGCCCUGCUCCUCUCGUCGCUCUGCGGCUUCCUGUUCGGCUGCGCGGUGGCCGUCCACGUCACCGCCAUCGUGGACAUCGUGGCGCUGGAGGGCUUCGACAGCGGGCUGGGGCUCUUCAUGCUCUUCAGGAGCAUCGGCGGGUUCGUCGGGCCGCCCGCCGCAGGCUGGCUGGUGGACCGGACCGGCGACUACAGCGCCGCCUUCUACCUCUCGGGUGUCUGCCUGGUUGCGUCGGCGGGCUUCGUCGCCCUGGUGGACCGCCUGGUUCAGAGGAGGUCGUCGGAGGCCAAAGGUCAUCAGGCGGUGACAUAAACGGAGCCCGAUGAGGAAGCCGAAGUGUUCAGUGUGCGUGUGUGUGUGAGAGGUCACUCGGGGAACCGGGCGCGUCGCUCUCAUCACUCAGUUUACAUACAUUUUAUUGUGAAUCGUCUUCUAGCCGGAGACAAACUGAUGGAAGGGCCACAAAAAGCUGUUUCCGUCUGCGUGGCAGUUUUUUUUUUUUUUUAUUAGGCAAAAUAUAUGGAAUGAUUUGUUUGUUUAUUCCGUCGUUUUAAAUGCAUCCAGCUUCACUCAUCAAUGGUAAAAAGAAGCCAAAACAAAUCCUGCUUUCGCCAUUAUAAAUAAAUAAAUAUGUAUGAUCACUGGCCCAAGCUCAAACCUAAAUAGAGCCCGGACCGUUUCUAAAUGUAGUUCAAAUUAUCAAAAACAAGUCUGUUGAAAAUCUGAAGGCUAAAAUAAAAAGGAAAGCAGGUGUUUGCUGGGGACUAUUUUGAUGUUGCUUGUGAGUACAUACGGCAGCAGGACAGUUUACGGAAUUUAAAUGUUAAAUUUGCAAACCAUUUCAACAUGGUGGUUGUCUUUGUUUU